AUGAAUCUCUGCCCAUUAGAGCGCUGCGGAUUUGCUAUAAUCGGCUUCGUGAAGAGUCUGGCUUUGCAUUCCUGGGACGUAGAAGCGCGGGAGGCCGUAGAGAUCCAGCGCGACCUGGCCUCCAGGGUGAGCGCGGAAGACGGCUUUGAGGCCCCGCCGCGCUACGUGGCGGGAGUGGACAUAUCACCGCCGGACGCCGACGGCAACGCGGUGGCGGCCGUAGUCCUCCUGGAGCUGCCGGACCUCCGGACGGUCGAGGUCAAGGUGUACAGCGGAAAGCCCGGCUUCCCCUAUGUGCCCGGGCUGCUCUCCUUUCGGGAGUCCCCCCUCGUCCUGGGAGCGUUGGAGCGAUUGGAGACCGCCCCGGACGUCAUUCUCGUUGACGGGCAGGGCCUGGCCCACCCCAGGCGGUUUGGCAUAGCCUGCCAUCUGGGGCUUCUGACCGACACGCCCGCCAUCGGGUGCGCCAAGUCGAUCCUCAGGGGGCGGCCGGACGAUGAUCUGGACUCCGACGCCGGGGCGUACGUUCACCUGGUGGACAAGGGAGAAGUGGUGGGCGCCGCAGUCCGCACCAGGAAGUCGGUCAGGCCCGUAUACAUCUCCGUGGGCCACAAGAUCAGCCUGGGGAGCGCGAUAGAGUGGACGCUGGCCUGCUGCAAGGGGUAUCGUAUACCGGAGCCUACCCGGUUGGCCACCCUGGCCGCUGCGGGCCGGCUCUCGUGA